GCGACCACUACCUCCGCCACCACACUUUCUUGCAAGCCAUAUCUGUGUCUCCACCAUGUCAACGCGAAGGAGAGUGGGAUUCGCCAACUCGGCCGUGGAGGCAUCUCGGAGACAACUCAUGCAGCCUGUACCUUGCUGGGAAAAAGUCUGGGCCGCGCCGGAUGGCGCACCGCCAGGCUCGACUUUGAGGAUAUAUAAAUGGGUCAAGACGGACAAGAAACAGACAUUCAGCGAUGAAGAGGAGGCCGAGACAGACCAGCCCCUCGUGCCUCUACCAGAACCCGACGAGGUGGAGGUCGUGGACGGCGACGAGGAGAUGGACCAGGACGAGGUCGCUACCUCCGCCGCACCAGAGACCACACCAGCUUCGCGCGACGUCUCCGAGCCAGUGCAGUUCGACGGCAAAGAAGAACCUCUCAAGCCCGCCUCGCCCAAGCCACAUCCACUCUCCAUAUCCUUCCAGCCACCAUCCCCUACCCCCGUCACAGACGACGCGCUCGAUGAUGCACUCAAGCCGGCUGGAGACCUGCAGGUUGUGGUGGGCGCGGCUAACCUUGAUCCGGACAUGUCACUGGACAUGUCGCAGAUGGGCCCGGACGGCGAGGCAUUUGAGGGCGCACAGGAUCUGUCACAGCUGCAGUCAAGCGAUGAGUUACUGGGUGGUCCGCUGAUGGACCAGUCGAUGGAGGAUCCGUUUGCACCACCACAGGCGUGAUGCACGGCUCAAGCAUGCCUCAUCCAAUGCUUUUGGCACAAGCUGUCAGCAGCAACGGCGGAACCGUGUAUAUUCCAGAACGUCAAGCUACGAUGAAAAGCGGGGACAAGGGUCUGCAGCGCACUAUGCACACAUCGGACGUUCCAGAUGGUUGUUGGGACUGCCAUAGGCAGGAGCGUUCCUCAGUUGGACGCGCAUACGGGACAUGUUCAUUAUGAUAUGGCUCGGGUAAACGAGUCUUCCAGCUGAUCUCGCUAAACACAAGUGUCACC